UCAAUUCAGAACGUCAAGAUGGAGCGGAACUCACUCAAGUGGGUAGGCUCAUCUUGCGGUUUACAUGGACCAUAUAUAUUCUACAAGGCGUUUAAAUUUCAUCGGAACGGUAAACCAAGGAUUUUGUCCCUUGGAGACUUUUUCUUCGUGAGAUGUAAACCAGAGGACCCGAUUUGCAUAGCGGAGCUACAGCUGCUCUGGGAGGAAAGAACCACAAAACAACUUUUAUCAAGCUCCAAACUUUAUUUUUUACCAGAGAAUACUCCUUUGGGAAGGACUGUAAAACACGGAGAGCAUGAGGUCAUUGCCGUGUCAGAGAAGGUCAUCGUGCGACUGGAGGACCUGGUGAAGUGGACGGCUCCAGACUUCUCGGGAUGGGCCCACGGGCUGCAGGCGGAGGCGCUCAAGCCGGCCGUGCUACGAGAGCUGGGCACCAACGGACGGCGGGAAGCCCUGCACCGGUACCGGGAGAGCACCCUGACCAGCGGCCUCAACUUCCGAGACAUCCAGAGAGAGAGGGCCCAGCUAGGUCAGGAAGACGAUGGCAGAAAGGUUCUGGUGCUGAGCUACCCCCAGUACUGUCGGCACCGCUCGGUCCUGGCCCGCCUCAGGGAGCAGCCGUCUGCCCUGCUGACGGACCACACCGUCUUGGCGCUUGGCGGCAUCGCGUCCCUCCACGGCAACGCACGCAUCCUGUACUGCAGGGAUACCUUCGAGCACCCGACGCUGCUCCAGAACGAGAGCGUGUGUGACGAGUUCGCCCCGAACCUGAAGGGUCGACCCAGGAAGAAGAAGCUGUCGGUCUCCCAGAGGAGAGACUCCCAGGGUCAAACUCAGGGGUCACAGGGGUCACUGGGGUCACAGGAUUCCAGCAGCCCAGAAAAGUCCCCAACAAAGAUCAAAGUCAACUGCAAGCUAUCCAUCCCCAACAUCAAGAUAACAGUAGCCAAACCCAAGAGCAAUAGCAUCUGUAAAAAGGCCCCGGUGGAGGAGAAGGUGAAGGAGAGGGUGAAGGAAGAGAAGGAGAAGGAGAAGGAGAAGGAGAAGGAAGAGAAGGAUGAGAAGAGAGAGGAGGAAUCGUCAAAGGAGAGUGACGCAGAGGAGCAGGCCUUCCUGGUGGCUCUGUAUGAGUACAUGAAAGACAGGGAGACUCCCAUUGAGAGGAUCCCCUUCCUGGGGUUCAAGCAGAUAAACCUUUGGACUAUGUUUCAAGCAGCCAGAAGACUCGGGGGAUAUGAGUUGAUCACAGUUCGCCGACAGUGGAAAAAUGUAUACGAUGAGCUGGGUGGCAACCCAGGAAGCACAAGUGCCGCCACAUGUACUCGCCGUCACUACGAGAGACUCCUCCUUCCAUACGAGAGGCACACCAAGGGAGAGAAAGACAAGCCCCUCCCCUCAGCCAAGUCUAAGAAGCCGGAGGUGGCAGGCGGGGGGGUGGAGGGGGCCGGCAAACCGAAGGCUGUCGCUGGCGUGAAGAGGACCAAGAGUGGAGCGAACCAGAGACAGACGGCCAAGAGGGAGAAGGAUGAGACGAUCACAGCCACAGAGCAAACACAGGUGGACGAUGUGAAGGAGGACACACCGGAUCCCGCCGUCGCAAACCAGGAAGUCUCGACCAGAGAUGAGCCAGAGGAGGAGGAGCUACAGCUCACCCUCAAGAAGGAGGAGCCUCUGAGCGAGGACAAAUCCCCCGUCAUCCUCCUUCCAGACUCAGACUGCAGUACCCCUCAACCCGCCCCCCUCACCAGAGACCCCUGCCUCCUGCCCGAAUGGCAGCCCCCAAGGGCCUCUGGCCAGGAGACGGACAAGCCUAGCCCCAACCACCGGGACCAGUCUGAGAGGCUCCCCAGUAGGAAGUACUCGCCCUCCUGGGACCACAACAAGCCAGUUGGGUUUAGCUGUCCCCCAGAACCAGGCAGACUGGACCCUCCUGUAACCAAGGAGCCUGUAGAGAUUCACGGAGGCAGGGUGGGGAAGGUGCUGCCCAUGUGCAAACAACCACCAGCACCCCCAAAGCAGCAGCAUUCAGACUCCACGGACCCCGUGGCAGACAAGCAGGACUCUGCCUGCAAGAAGGAGUCCAGUCAGGGUCAGUUUACAGCUCCGGUGUACUCGAAGGUAAACCUUGGGGUCAUGUCGCCCCUAGCCAAGAAGAAGCUUCUCUCUCAGGUCUGCGAGACCAAUCCGUACUCCUUCAGUGCCCCUCCUCCCCCUCUUCCUCCUCCUCCUUGUGCUCCUCCUCUCCUCAGCCCUCCUCCCAUGAUCAGCGAUGUUUGUGACAGGGUAGAGGAGGCAGUGGGCCAGAGGCAGGGCUCUUCUCCAGACAUCCCAGAGAUCGCUCCCGUCUUCAGGCCGUCAGUCAUCCAGCACGCCCAGAGCAUCAAGCCCCACCUACCCCAGGAGAGGAGCCCCUUAGGGGAUCUGUCCGAGUCCUACUCCGGCCGGGUGAGUCACCUCCAGACCCGGAUCAACCCUCCAUGGCACCCCUACCUCCACCGGCCUGAACCCCAGGAUGGGGUGGAGAAUGCUGGGGAGAAGCUGAUGCAGGUGCCCCCCCAGGCGCCCAGCUAUAGAGGCGAUUGCUACUCCUCUCCUCACCUGCACAGCCUCUACCGGCAGACGGAGAACUGCCUGAAUCAGGAGAGGAUGUGCGGAUAUCCUGGUGGAGAUAAAAGGGGGCAUUUUAUCAGGGACUGUGAAAACGGGGAGGGCUUCCACACCGGCACCACUGACAGAGAAAGCCUGGCUUACAGAGCUCCUCUUUAUCAUGAGAGGACACACACACACGGGGACAGAGCUCUGGAGGACGAACCGCGGGAUUUCAGCAUCUCCAAACCGGUCUCUCAAAGGUUGUCCUUCUCCAAGCCCUCGUUCUGUGGCCUCCCAUAUCCCAUAAUGCAUCAGGGUUUGGACUCUCACCCCAAGGCAUGUCGGGUUCCCCCCAUGACCAUCUCCGCCCCCAAACACAGCAGCCAGGACGCCUCCCAGUUGUACCCCAGCUGCAAACCCUCCUCCGAGUCCCUCCCCACCCGAGUCCCCUGCAAGCGGAGCCUGGGGGAACUGGAGAACGAGGGGCUGCCCGACCGCAAGAUCCGUGUGGUCACGCCCAUGCACCCCGCCGGCUCGCUCCGCCGCAGCGACCCGCAAGGCGAGGAGCUCAAACCGGCCGAGCCGGCCCACGCCAUCCACCUCAACAGCCACAUUCCCGGGGAAGGCCACACCUACCCUGCCCACGCCCCCAUCUACCCCGGUAUGUACCCAGGGUCACUGGUCCAUGCCAGGCAGGACACCCUGCAACACCCCCUCCAGUACCUGAAGAGCCAGACAGCUGUCUCCCCCCUCAUGCCCCCCCUGGCCUUCCACUUCAUGAUGCUCCAGAGGCAGUCGAUGGCGUCGGGGCCAAGCCCCCACCAUUAUUACAGACACCCUGGAGGGGCAGCAGCUCUGUACGGGGACCUCCUACACCACCUCUACCCCCUCUCCACCCUCACCCCCCCUCCGCUGUCGUCCGUGCACCCCAGCACCAGACUCUAGUAGCCGAGCUGCGCCCCUACUAAAUCUCCCUCCCACCCAUACGUCCCCUUUCUUUAUAUCUCUGGAACAGUGGAACUUUUUGUUGUUGUUGUUGUGUUCUAUGAUUCCGUUGAGCAUGAGCAGACUGUGGAAGGUUGAGGAUGAACUCUUCGUUCUAAGAUGGGCAAAAGAAAAAAAAAAAAAGAUUUUGUCUCCCUCGCUCGUGUAUUUGUUUGUGUGUACCGUUUGCACUGCUUCGUAACCCCACUUAGCCUAAAGGUAUGUUUGUCUCCAUUUGCACAUCAUGUUACUGUGUUUGUGUAAUGUUCCACCAAGCAGGUUAUUUCUCUCACGUAUAAGUCAGGUCCUUUCUUACUAUCUGUGACGGCAGAGGGAGCCAUGGAAAAGCCAUUGGCAGACAGCACACACCCGAGAGGGGUAAUCCUAUUUGCUGGGUUUCUAAAAGGUUUUGGAUCCAUGAGCAACAUCACUGUAGUACCGACAACAGAAGUCCCCUCUGAAUGUGUUCUGGGGAUUUCAUCAUAACGUUGAAACACUAACAAAAAGAAGAAAAAGAAAACAUGCCAUGAAUGUCUCAAAAUAAACUCUUUAAGCUUAAGGUUUACCAAGGGGGGAAAUGCCAUGCAGCUGUAGAACAUUACUCAAUUUUUAAUCAAUGUAUUAUUAUUAUUUUUUUUAUAAUUUUACUUGUCUCUGGUGCAGUGUUGUAGCCUGUUCAUGUUACAGUGAAACCACCUGGAUUCUACAAAAUGACUGCUAAAACCAUGGUGCUGUUCACUUCAAAACCACAAUGUGCUGAGGUGCUGUACUCGUUCUUGGCAGAACGUUGUUUUGUGACGAAUUAUGAAGCAGCGAUCUACUGUGGAAUGCUCCAAUUUAUGCAGUACAUUUAAAUGCUCAUUGACUUGAAAUACUGUUACAAACAGAUUUCCUCAUUGGACAGUGACCUUCUAUACCACUGAAUGUGUCAUGAGAUUGCUUUGGGAGUAUGUGUGCCUUUUACGAUCUUUUAUCAGAGCACCAGGGUCACAAGGAUUUAUCUUUAACUCUAAGUGACAUGGAGACACCCUUAAACAAUGAAUUUACCUAGUUGUCAUCCAUCAUUUGUUAUACAUCUGGCAGGGAUAUUUGGGGUUAAAAAAGGUUUAAAGAGAUUUAUGUCAGACACAGGGGCAGUUCUGGGGGGGGCCAGUGCCCCUGUGACAACAAGCUUGGACCCCCUUGUGGCCCCCCUAAAUGUAGGGUCUGAAUCAUGAUAAACAUGACCUUUUGCCUGUUAAUGCCUGCAAUGCAUUGAAGAAAACGAUAUGACAACAAAAAUGUUUAAUGUAACUGGCCCCUCUUAACAGUACAAAUGGCCCCAGCUUGCCCCCCCCCCCCCCCCCCCCCCCCCCCGAUUUAAAUGGUCUAGAACCUCCCCUGGUCAGACUGCAAGGCAACGCCUGAAGACUGGAAAACACCUGGUCUUGUUUUUACAGCCUCCAAAACUGCUGUUAAUGGGGAUUUAGGACAUUUGAAACACUGCUACACGUGCUGUUAAAAGAUUGUUGUAAAGCCUAUCACCACAGAUUUUACAGGACACUUAAUAUUAAUGUGUUUGUUUAUGAUUAAGUACAUUUUCUACGCAUUUGCCUCAGAAAAGCCAGUAGAGACAGUGGUAGUCUUAAUAGGCCUUUAAAUAUUUCAGCUUCAAAACAUAGUUUCUAAGUAAACUUCUUUAGAUUUAUUUCCUGUGUAAAUUAUACUGUAAAUAUUAUUGACUUCUGACACAUUGGUUGUUGUUGUCAUGUAUACUGUAUGUAGGGUAUAAUCUGUAAAUAUUAUAAGUGCAUACUGCAGGUCACACAAUCUAGUAGUGUUGUCUUAUUGCUCAAUCUCAAGGUCACCUUCACUGAUAGGAACACUACAGAUAUGAAUGAGGACACUUUUAUUUGCUUGUUUUGUGUUACUGUGUUUCACAUUGUUUUCAUAUUGUUCACCUUUAAAGUGUUUUUUUUUUAUACGAUGUGCCAUCUGUUUACCCAUCACCCAGCUGGCAAACCAGAGGAAAAAAAAACAUUUUGUAUUAUAUGACCCUCUGUAUAUUUAAUUAAAAUAUUUUAAUAUCUA